AUGGCCACCGGAAUCUUCAACUCCACGUACUACGGCAAGGACUACCGCGCCGGUGCCGCCCUCCUGCGUGCCCGCCGGCCAUAUCUUUUCAAGAAUGCCCUGACCGGCUUCGGUCUAUUCGCCUUCUCAAUUGCUGUCUACACUUACACCAUCCGCGCCGUCGGCCAAGAAGAAUUCUCCGACGUCAAAGUCCCCGACGCCCCCGCCCAGAAACUCCCAGCCCAGAAAUAA